AGCUCUUUCCGUCAGAAGAGAACAUCGUGGCUUGAGUACGCUACCGACCCGCUGUGGCAUAGCGCUCUAUAGCACUUGUGGCUUAACUUUUAGGUACUUAUUAGGUACCAAAUUCAGUUCUUGGCAAUUCGCUGGCGAUGACCUCAUCGGCUCCAGAAGGAAACUUGAUGCAUGUGUUGAACUAAAAAGCACUAAAAAUCAACAUUUAUAUUCAAAAUACAAGUAUUUGCGAUAAAUUUUCCGUAGCUUCUCACGAAAAAUCAAGCAUGGGGAUGAGCUUCAAAUUUCCUAGACGAUGAUCCCACGAUACGCAAGCUUCGGCCCCAGGAGCUUGCCUGGGUUGAGAGCUCCAAGCUCGUUCCCACGACCCCUCCCUGCUUCACGAUAUCAGCCACGAUGGAGGCUAACACAGAGAGCUUGGGAAAGCACCACGACGGGAGACGGGAAGACUGGUCAUAUAGACGCAGCUCCUAAUGAAUCUAUUCUAUGGAUAGACAAUUUAUUCCCUCUCAAGCUUUCUGGUUUACUGCGAGCACCAUGGAGCAGUCCCGAUCGAGACCUUUCCGAGUUAAUGAAGCGAUUUGAGAACUCGACAUUAGGUGCUCUAGACCCAAUUAACAUGGUCAAGCGUGCUAUUCCUCAAUCUGCUCCAGUCAAAGUUACAGAAAUCCUCCCUCGUCUUAAAGAUGGAGGAGCUUUUGUGAAAUUCACCUAUCCCGCUAACGUUCCCGCUAAAGAAAUAGAAAGCAGUGUCUUGAAGUCUUUGGAAGAGAAGCCUGUGAAGCCAUUCUUUAGUCCUUGGAGAGGAGUUCAGGCUGGGCUAGUUCAAGGCAUUCCUUGGCUAGAAGACUUACACAGAUUUCCCAAGGAUAGAUUACGAGUAGAAUUCGUCCCUAAAAAUCCUGGCGAGGAAGCUGUCGAGUUAUCCCAAGAGACCCUAUACAGCUUAUUUCGUCGAUAUGGCAAAAUUGCCGAGAUCACCUCACAGCCCUGGGACUCUAAGGUCCUCCCAAAGUUCGCCUAUGUCGACUUUGCGUAUGUGAGAGACGCUAUCUUAGUACGGAAUUGCUUGCACGGUUUCGUUGUACCAGAAGAGCUUGGUGGCGGCAAGUUAGGAACUAGACUUCGAAUGUCUUAUGAACAACGAGCGAAACCACAUCGAAUUUGGGAGUGGAUGACAAACCAUCCUAGAAUUGUCAUACCUAUUCUGGUUGCGUUGCUAACCGGUCUUACCGUUAUCAUAUUCGAUCCUAUCCGAUCCUUCUUCGUCAAAGCACAUGUCACGCGUAAAUUCCGCCUUAGUAAUAGCAGACUUUACAGAUGGCUGCGGAAACAAACCUCCGACAUUUUGUCAUUCCGGCGUGAGAAGGGUGAUCAGGCGGGGUUAGAUGCGGUUUGGACUCAUCGAAAGGACCUUAUUGAUCAGAUUCAGAAAUGGCUGAUGGAAACUGCCGAGACUUUCAUUGUCAUCCAAGGACCCCGCGGCUCCGGUAAGAAGGAGCUGGUAAUGGAACAAGCUCUAAAAGGAAGAAGCAAUGUGCUGGUCAUCGACUGCAAGCCCAUAGUAGAAGCUAGGGGUGAAUCGGCAACAAUCAAGAAGAUGGCGUCUGCUGUCGGCUACCGCCCUAUCUUCUCGUACGCGAACAGCCUCAGCAGUAUGGCCGAUUUAGCCGUCCAGAGUACUACUGGCGUAAAAGCAGGCUUCUCUGAGACUUUGGAAUCACAACUUCAGAAGAUCCUUCAGACAACAGCUGGUGCUCUCACGGAGAUCGGUGUCUCGAACCGUAACAAGACAGACUCGGAUGCAUCUCUUCCUGUUGACGCUUAUUUAGAGGCGCACCCUGAGAGAAGGCCUGUCGUGGUUAUUGACAACUUCCUACACAAGGGUGACGCCAACACUAUCGUCUACGACAAGGUUGCUGAAUGGGCUGCCGCUUUAGUACAAAACAACGUUGCCCACGUCAUUUUCCUAACUGACGAUUCAUCGUACUCAAAAUCCCUAUCCAAGUCGCUACCAGACCGAAUCUUCCGUCAAGCCGCCCUUGGCGAUCUCUCACCUGACGUAGCCAAACGCUUUAUUCUAAGUCACAUCAGCACUCACGACGAACAACCGCAGCCCGAACCCACAGACGACGACAGCACCGACAGCACUGAGAAACAACCACAACCCCCGGCUCUCCCCGACCUUUCCGAACUCGACGAAUGUAUCGGCACCCUCGGCGGUCGUCUAACAGACCUAGAAUUCCUAGCCCGCCGCCUCAAAGCCGGCCAGAACCCAAAACAAGCCGUCGAAGAAAUAACAGCACAAUCCGCCUCCGAAAUCCUAAAAAUGUUCCUCCUCCCCGGCCGCUCGACCGGCGACGGCGAACACCGCUGGUCCGCGGAACAAGCAUGGUACCUCAUCAAGUCCCUCUCCGCCACCGAAGCUUUACGCUACAACGAAGUCCUCCUCCACGGCGCAUUCUCUUCAUCCAUCACAGCCCCCGAUGGCGAAGCCGCACUUGAAGGUCUCGCGAAUGCGGAACUCGUGACGGUAAAAUCGGGACUCGGGGGUCGACCGGCGCAGAUCGCGGCUGGAAGGCCGGUGUACCAGGCUGCGUUUAGAUUGCUGGCGCAGGAUAAAGUACUUUCCGCUAAGAUGGAUAUCGCGGUUUUGACUGAGUUGGCGAAGGCUGAGGGGAAGAAUAUAGAUAAAGCAGAGGCUGAACUCGCGUUAUUGGGUGGUUUGCCGAAACAACCUUCGCAGAUGGCGGGUAGGACGGCGUAUUUAUUGGGUAAGAUUGAGAGUGCGCAGAAGAAGGUUGAGGGGUAUGAGAAGGAGAUCGGUGUGCUGAAGGGGGUUUUAGGUAGUGAGUAUUAGGAAGGAUUGGUAUUAUGAGGGAUGAGUUGGACUUGUAUAUAUGAAGUGGAGGGUAUUUGGAGGCACAUAGGGGCAUGACUUCGAUACCCAACUCAUUAGCUAGAUAUCUAGAUGUAUAAAAUGUCUUCGAUCACAUAUCACAUUGAAAUUGACCGAGGCCUUGUAAACUCAACUAUCACAGGAAAACGGACCUGGAAAUAGAACGAAUUGUUAGAACAG